GUAUUAUAAAGCCAGCGCCACUUCUCUCGUCACUGGAACCGCCGUCAAAGUUUUUUCUAUUUUUCCUCAAUCAUAUUUUCCUCCCUCGCCUUUCUGCCAACCCGUGACAGCGAUACGGAAACAUAAUUUACAGGCACCGGCGGUUACCCUAAUCAUCCACCCCAGCCCUUAAAAGCCCGACGACUCGAAGUCGGGGGCCUUCUGCGUUCAACGCGGUGCGGUUCUUCCCUUCUCCGCCACUCGUCUCGUUCUGGUUUUACUCCGUCUCCAUGGACGUCCGCCGGAGAUUCCCCAACAGCGCCGCCACCACCCGCCCGGCGGAGACCGUCCCCUCAUCCGUUUCCGGCGGUGGCGCCGCCUCCCGAGUCCAGGCGUCGGACGCCCUCCCGCUCCCCAUCCGGCACACGAAUCUUCUCUUCUCGGCACUCUUCGCCGCCUCCCUCGUCUUCCUGAUGCGGCGGUGGCGCGAGAAGAUCCGCUCCUCGACGCCGCUCCACGUCGUCGGUCUGGCCGAGAUCUUCGCCAUCGUCGGCCUCGUCGGCUCCCUCAUCUACCUCCUCUCUUUCUUCGGCAUCGCUUUCGUCCAGUCCAUCGUCUCCUCCCACGACGAGGAGGACGACUUCCUUCUAUCCCCCGCCCCUCCCACCGCCGCAGCUUCCGCCCCAACCCCCGCCACUUGCCCCCUCCUUUGCGACGCCAUAACCGCCCCGGAGAAAAUGCCAGCCGUCACUGAGGAAGACGAAGAGAUCAUCUCCUCCGUGGUCGCCGGCAAGAUCCCCUCCUACAUUCUCGAAUCUAAGCUCGGAGAUUGCCGCCGCGCAGCCGCGAUCCGACGGGAGGCGCUGAGGAGGAUGACCGGAAGAGCCCUGGAAGGGCUCCCGCUUGAUGGAUUCGACUACGGGUCGAUUCUAGGGCAGUGCUGCGAGCUCCCCGUAGGGUACGUCCAGUUGCCGGUGGGGAUCGCCGGGCCGCUGCUGCUUGACGGAAGGCAGUACUACGUGCCCAUGGCGACCACCGAGGGGUGCCUCGUGGCGAGCACCAACAGGGGGUGCAAGGCCAUUGCGGGGUCCGGCGGCGCCGCGAGCGUGGUUUUGAGGGACGGGAUGACGCGGGCGCCGGUCGUGAGGCUGCCGUCCGCGAGGAGGGCCGCGGAGCUCGUGGCCUUCGUGGAAGAGCCGACCAAUUUCGAGACCCUCGCCGUCGUGUUCAACAGGUCCAGCAGAUUUGCAAGGCUCCAGGGGAUCCAGUGCGCGCUUGCUGGGAGGAACCUCUACAUGAGAUUUAGUUGCAGCACUGGAGAUGCAAUGGGGAUGAACAUGGUGUCAAAAGGGGUCCAGAAUGUCUUGGAUUAUCUGCAGGGUGACUUCCGAGACAUGGAUGUGAUCAGCAUAACUGGUAAUUUCUGUUCCGACAAAAAGCCGGCUGCUGUGAAUUGGAUUGAAGGACGUGGCAAAUCGGUAGUUUGUGAGGCAACCAUCAAGGAGGAGGUGGUGAAAAAAGUUCUCAAGACCACUGUGCCAGCACUGGUUGAACUCAACAUGAUCAAGAACCUUGCUGGAUCUGCUGUGGCUGGAGCUCUUGGGGGCUUCAAUGCUCAUGCCAGCAACAUCGUGUCUGCUGUCUUCAUAGCCACUGGCCAAGAUCCUGCACAGAAUGUGGAGAGUUCUCACUGCAUCACCAUGAUGGAAGCUGUGAACGAUGGCAAGGAUCUUCAUGUCUCCGUGACCAUGCCAUCCAUUGAGGUUGGUACAGUUGGGGGUGGCACGCAGCUGGCCUCUCAGGCAGCCUGUUUGGACCUACUUGGUGUCAAGGGUGCAAGCUUGGAAUCACCUGGAUCAAAUGCUAGGCUUCUGGCCUCCAUUGUGGCAGGUGCUGUUCUAGCUGGAGAGCUCUCUCUCAUGUCAGCUCUUGCUGCUGGUCAGCUUGUGAACAGCCACAUGAAGUACAACAGAUCCAGCAAAGAUGUAUCCAAGGCUGCCUAAAUGGAUAAAAGUUCAAAAAAAUUGAAAUAAAAGUAUCUUAAGAAUGGGACUACGAGUGGGGAGUUGCAGAGCAGUAAAGGUUAGUCUGCCUCAUAGGUAGUUUCGAGGUAAAUCGAAGCAGAUAAAGCUGUUUUUUUUUCCCUCUUAUUUUAUUUGGGUUUUCUACUUUGUCGGCUGUUAGCUAGCAGUUCUUAGGAUCACACCUUGCCACCCUUUCAGCAGCGGAGAUACUCAUUUUCUAUAAUGCCUUCUCUUGCGAACCAUGUGAUGCAAUCAACUUUUCCUCCAUGGUUUUGGUACCAUGGCUGGAAGUCAUCUUUUGUUGUAAUUCCUGGGUAUACUACCUUUGCAAUAACCAGUAGUGGAGCUCCUCUUUAAAAGUAUUUUAUAUACUUGUAUUUUGCA